UACUUUGUCAACACAGGAAGUUCGUAUUAAUUUGUUGUCAGAAAAUUGAAAAAAAUAUGGGAAGAUUCGGAAGAAAAUAACCAUUUUAAACACAGGCGUAGUGGUUACCAGGAUCCCAUCACAAUGUCGGAAGAAAAAGACAAAAUGGAGAAAGUAACAGAACUUCAUAUUGAAGGCAUGACCUGUAAAUCGUGUGUCAAAAAAAUACAAAAUCAAAUGACCCAGGAGCCAGGAAUCCUUGAUGUUCAGAUAUUUCUUGAGGAGAAAGAAGCAAAAAUUACAUAUAGUCCCACAGAGACCUCCCCUCCCAUACUAGCUGAAAAAAUCUCGGAUCUGGGCUAUCCUUCCAAGGUCAAGUUAGUGCACCCAGUCAGGGGGGACAACUGCCAGGAUGCUAUCAUCGAUGUAGGUGGCAUGACCUGUCAGUCAUGUGUCAAAUCCAUAGAAUCCAAAAUUUCAGAGAUCAAUGGCGUAUUGGGGAUAACUGUAUCACUGGAGAAAAAUCAGGCCUAUGUCCAGUUCAACCCGGGUAAAAUAUCAGCUAUGAAAAUAGCGGAAUCCAUUGAUGAUAUGGGGUUUGAGGCCUCAGUUCACUCCAUCACCAGGGACAAAGGUCUCACAACAAGGAUUGGAGUGGAGGGGAUGACAUGCCAGUCUUGUGUGCACACAAUAGAGUCGGCCAUGAUUACCAAGCCAGGAGUGAGAGAAAUAAAGGUCUCACUUAAUGAUAAAGAGGCACAUGUAGUGUAUGAUCCCACCCUCACAAAUCCAGGUACACUGAGGGAGCAGAUAGAGGAUAUGGGAUUUGAGGCCAGCCUGGCAAAGGAGUCUUCAGUUGAAAGCGAGUUUGAUCGUCUUGCUUCACGACAGUCCUCCACACGAUCAAUCUGUGGUGAAAAAGUUUGCCAGAUUUCUGUCAUUGGAAUGACCUGUCAUUCAUGUGUAAAAAAUAUUGAGACCAACAUCUCACCCAAAACUGGAAUAAAGUCUAUAUCUGUGUCCCUGGAGGAAGAAAUGGCCACUGUUACAUAUAACCCCAUGAUAAUUGAUCCUAACGCUAUAGCUGGCAUGAUUGAUGAUAUGGGAUUUGAAGCCACUGUUAAAGACUCCGAUACAGAGCCUGACUUUGUUACCAUGGUGAUAGGAGUUCAGGGCAUGACCUGCCACUCUUGUGUGAAGACCAUCGAAGACCACAUCUCUAAGAAUCCUGCAGUGAGGUCAAUCAAAGUGUCUUUGGGAGACCAAAAUGCUUCUAUUGAGUAUUACCCAAAUAGAGCUACUCCAACUACUCUGAAAGAUGCUAUUGAUGAUAUGGGUUUUCCUGCAUCUUUACCAACAGAUCAAAUAGAUGUGAAAGUUGUCCAACCUACUAAGAAUGGCCCCACCAAGCAGAAGACCCCUCAUCAGGAGAAUGUGAAGGUCGACAUGGAUAAAGGCUCGGUCUCGUUCAGGAAAGUAGGCAAUGAUGUGGAUGAUGAUCUGGAGAAGUGCUUCCUGCGAGUCACAGGCAUGACAUGUGCUUCUUGUGUGGCUACCAUUGAGAAGAACCUCUUGAAAGUAGAGGGUAUACACAGUUGUUUGGUGGCACUGAUGGCCCAAAAGGCGGAGGUAAAAUAUGACCCUGCCUACCUGUUGCCCUCCCAAAUUGCAACAAAAAUAUCCAAUCUUGGGUUUGAGGCCACUGUCCUAGAGAAUGAAGGGUUUGGUCAAGGAGUUGUAGAACUUCUGAUAACAGGAAUGACAUGCUCGUCUUGUGUUCACAUGAUUGAGUCGUCGAUUCUGAAGAAGCCUGGUGUGCUAUCAGCUUCAGUGGCUCUGUCCACCUGUAAGGGCAAGUUUACCUAUAACCCAGAGGUCACUGGUCCAAGGGCAAUUAUCGAGGCCAUUAAGUCCCUGGGAUAUGAAGCAGAAUUAUAUGCAGACAGUGAUAAAGACGCUGCACGAUAUGACCACAGAGAUGACAUCAAACGAUGGAGAACCUCAUUUUUGUGGUCCCUCAUCUUUGGACUCCCCUCUGUGGCAGUCAUGAUGUACUUCAUGUUUGCAAAACCACCUGCAGACGAACACUCGUCUUUCACCAAUUCUAGCUCAGAGAAUGUCACAACUACUUACAAACCUCAUGUGUCCUCAAGUGAUCACUACCAGAUUAUGGUUUAUCCAGGUCUCUCUCUGGAGAAUUUGAUCAUGUUUAUUCUGGCCACACCAGUCCAGUUUAUUGGAGGAAGGUAUUUCUACAUACAAGCUUUUAAAGCAGUUCGACAUGGAGCAGCAAACAUGGAUGUGUUAGUUGUCUUGGCAACUACAAUAUCUUAUGUUUAUUCCUGUAUUGUGGUCAUUGUCGCCAUGGUGAUGCAGGAGAAAAUAAGCCCUGUAACAUUUUUUGAGACAACCCCCAUGUUAAUGGUGUUCAUCUCCCUUGGAAGAUGGCUGGAACAUGUAGCUAAGGGUAAAACUUCUGAAGCUUUGGCCAAACUAAUGUCUCUGCAGGCCUCAGAGGCGGUGUUGGUGGAAAUUGAUAAGGAAUUCAAUAUUCUGAAAGAAGAAACAAUAAGUACGGAUUUAGUGCAGAGAGGGGACAUACUUAAGGUGGUUCCGGGGGAAAAGAUCCCAGUGGAUGCCAAAAUAAUUGAAGGAAACUCAACCUGCGAUGAGUCACUAAUCACCGGAGAAUCCAUGCCGGUCUCUAAAAAGCCAGGUGCUACUGUAAUUGGUGGCUCCAUCAACCAGAAUGGAAUGAUCCUGAUAGAAGCCACCCAUGUUGGAGCUGACACUACAUUGUCACAAAUUGUUAAACUGGUAGAGGAAGCACAGACUUCUAAGGCCCCUAUACAGCAGCUGGCUGACAAGAUUGCUGGAUAUUUUGUACCUGGCGUGGUCAUUUUGUCCUCUCUAACGGUCAUUGCUUGGACCAUUGUGGGAUAUGUGGAUGUCUCUAAAGUGGAUGAUGAUUUUGUGGAUGAUGGCAUAGUUUCGAAGGAAGAGGUGAUAUUUCAGAAGGCAUUUCAGUAUGCUAUCACAGUACUGAGUAUUGCCUGCCCCUGUGCCUUAGGUUUAGCCACACCCACAGCUGUUAUGGUGGGGACAGGUGUUGGUGCUUCAAACGGGAUACUGAUCAAGGGUGGAGAACCUCUAGAGUGCUCUCACAAGCUGAAGUGUAUUGUGUUUGACAAGACUGGAACAGUCACUCAUGGAGUUCCUCGAGUCGCUAGGGUAGCAAUGUUUGUAGAAAAUUCAGUUUGUUCCUUUGUCAAGUUGAUUGCCAUAGCAGGAACUGCUGAGACAAGCAGUGAGCAUCCUUUGGCCUCAGCUGUUGUCAAGUAUGCCAAGCAGACUUUGAAGACUGAGGCCUUGGGUAAGACUCAGGACUACCAAGCAGUGCCUGGAUGUGGUCUGAAGUGUACAGUGUCCCAGAUUGAUGGUCUGUUGAAUGAUAUAGAUCUGGAGGGGAUUAACAACAGAAAAAACCUGAUGGGUAGCACCCGUGUAAAAACUGAUAAUGUUCUCUUUGAUGGUGAGGAAAUCAGUGCAACUAUUGAAGAGAGCAGUUCAUUAGGUGCUGUGGCCUCCAGGCCUUACAAGGUUCUGAUAGGAAAUCGUGAAUGGAUGACGAGGAAUGGAUUGAUUGUGACAGACAAAAUGGACGAGACAAUGACAGAACAUGAACACCAGGGUCAAACAGCAAUCUUGUGUGCCAUAGAUGAUGUGAUUGUGUCUAUGUUGGCUGUGGCCGACACUGUGAAGUCCGAGGCCCAUCUGGCCAUCAGCACUCUGAAGGACAUGGGUUUACAGGUUGUUUUACUGACUGGGGACAAUCAGAAGACCGCCAGGGCCAUCGCCAAACAGAUUGGAAUACAGAAGGUGUUUGCUGAAGUAUUGCCAUCUCACAAGGUGAAGAAGAUCAAACAGCUGCAGAAGCAGGGUAUUAAGGUUGCCAUGGUGGGAGAUGGUGUGAAUGACUCCCCAGCUCUGGCACAAGCAGAUGUUGGUAUUGCCAUAGGAACAGGGACAGAUGUAGCUGUGGAGGCUGCUGAUGUUGUUCUGAUCAAAAACGAUCUACUGGAUGUGGCAGCAGCCAUUCAACUUUCGAAGAAGACAGUUCGCAGAAUUCGGAUCAACUUCUUUGCUGCUUCCAUUUACAACUUGAUUGGCAUCCCUAUUGCUGCUGGAAUCUUCGUGCCAUUUGGUUUGUCCCUCAAGCCUUGGAUGGCCUCAGCAGCUAUGGCAAUGUCCUCUGUUUCUGUUGUCCUGUCCUCCUUGCUUUUGAAGACUUUCAAGAAACCCAACAAAGACAAAAUGCUGACCCAGAAAUACUAUGCUAAGUUUGCCGCAGACCAGGAGCUAGACAACAUCUCUGUUCACCGAGGCGUAGAGAGCCUACCCUCAAGUCGUGAAGGAAGUAAACAGGGUAGUAUAAUUUCACGCCUCAGUGGAAGGAAGAAGCCGAACAUGCCCGACCAUGUAAGCCUGCUGGAAAUGGGUGAAAAUUCGGACUCGGACUCCAGUGAACACAUGUAGGUGUCUCGAAAGAGAGCACUACGUUAACUAUAUCAAAUAUGGCCCCAUCAGUAAACCUUCUUCUACAGUAAUUAUACCAAAUGUGGCCCCUUCCUUGGACACUCUUUUACAGUAACCAAUCCAAAUGUGGUUCCUUCAAUGGACACUCUACAGAAAACAUGCAAUAUGUGGUGCUUUAUAUGAAAACCCUGAAUAUGAUUCCUUUAAUAACUAAUGACUUGCAUUUAUACGUUCAUGUAAAGGAAAUGUUUUCUUGUCUGUGAAACAAUUGAAUAGUUCCAGCAUUGUAAUUAUGAAAAGUGUUUUGCUUUGUCAUACACACAUUUAAAGUUUGAUUUUCAUUCUGCAUUUCAUCCUUCAAAAUAUCAUGAAGGACUUGUUACAGUUGCUACACAUUGUAUAUUUGUUUUUAAAUAAAAAUGUUUAAUUCAUGUACCUCAUAAUGUAUACAACUAUCACUUAACUAUGAUUUAGAAACUGAGUUCACAGAAUUUCUUUUCAGAGGAUGUUUUCUUUUUAUAGCCAGGAUAUACAGUACUUAGUCCCAUGUAUUUUGGAAAAGUUCUCAGUCACACAGAUACACUGUCUAAUGUAUUGGAGAAUAAAUAAGUUGUCUGAUGUCAAAUGAGGAGGUUUUUAAAUUUGUUACUGGUAUUAUUUUAUUGUAUGAUAGGUAAUAAAUUAUUGUUUUUAGAAAUCAAUUUUAUAGGUUGUUUUGUUAGAAAUGUACUUAAAUGAUAUUCAUGCAGGUAUAAAGUAGAAGAUCUAUUUUUUUCAUAUUAUUUAAUUUGAAUGUAUUUUAUGUAGUGAAAGUUUUGUUUUAGUACUGCUUCUGUAUAUGAAUAAAGAUGUUGGUAUCACA